CAGUUUACAAUUUUAUCUCGGAUGCUCAAGAUACUGGGUUAAAAGUCUAAAUUUAAGAAGUUUUUUCUUAUUCUGAUUUACGAUAUCAAUAACUGAAGUAUUCACUAAAAUUCUCCUUAGAGGAGAAAGUUGAAAGUUUUGUAUUUAACCCGAAAUUAGAUAGGUUGUGGUGAAUGUGCAUCAAUGACAGCGAUUUGUUAUAUUUUCAGUCUGUUUUCUAUCCAAUGUAUAUAAUCAUCAACAAGACGCCGGUUAAUAAUUUGCGUUUUGCAAAGAAGUGUUAUCGAAAUAGUUUGUCCGAGGAGUAAAAUAGUGCGGAGCUGUAAAAGAAUCAACUAUCCUUAGAUAUGAUUGUAUGGUUCAAUUGAGUGGAGAGACGUUUUAAAUCACGAGGUGAAAUAUCAAAGAUGGACAAUUUUUGGCACGAAAUGAUGAAAGUGACGGGACCAGUUUCCGCAACCGUACGAGCCGCACUGGACCGGACAAAAUUUGUUCACGGUGGACUACAGUACCUGGAUGACCCGACCAUCGAUGCAGUGGAGGCGGAUAUCCGCCGAUUUCCGGCUAUGCUGCAGAAAUCUGAGGACGAAGUGGCGCGGAUGUUGGCUUAUCCGGGUGAUAUCAAAGAAUUUCGUUUUCUGACCGGUGAGCGCUGCGUGAUGAAGUUGAUAGCUUCCAAAGUACAGCAGUAUGGUUUCAAUUGCUUCUACAAUCCAGCCAGAACAGGUGUCCAAAAGCCGGUCGAGCAACAACCUGUUGUAUCUCAAUUGGAGCAAACUGUAAUCGUAGAAGAAGUUAGAAAUAAAAUUCGAGAUUAUUAUGAUAGAAAAUGCGACGGAAGUAAGGAACAUGUCGAUUUUUGCUUGAAAUUAGCCAACGUUGGUGUGGAAAUACAGCAGGAUAGCAACGGCGACAUGGCACGAAUUAUAUGCCCUUUCUGUGAUCAGUUGACGGCAAUGAUGCGACGGGACAAAUCCGGUGCCUGGAAAAUAUCCAACUUUUCAGCUCAUAUCAAGUUCAAACACAACCUUCUGAACUAUCCGGGAAAGGAGACGGGAGCGGCUGAUUUGGACAACUCAAGGAAAUCACGGAAAAGAUCUCACUGCGACUUUUCGAUGGAUGAAUUCGUUACGGCGCAUUAUGAUUCUACGGAACAGCAGUUGGAUUCGGCAAUUAAGAUUGAGGUAUUCGAGAUGUAAUUCUAGCUCGAGCAGCUCGGUAGCAGUAUUUCAGUUUGUGAAAUUGAAACUCGAAUCAAAUAAAAACUAUGACCUUUGUAAUUCCCGGUAGUGCUUCAGUGGUUGUCUUACUUAAUCGUUUGUGAAAGGUUUGAAGAUUUCCUAAAUUGAGCAAACAGAAACUUGCAAUUACAAUUGCUAAUCUUGAAGAUUGAAUGGCCAUUCGGAUGCAUAUGUUAAACACUCAUAAUGCUGAAUAAGUAG